AUGCCCAGAGAGGUGGUGGAUCUGCUGGAGCAGCUGUCGGCACUGGUGGAGGACACCCGGAACGUAUCGCUGUCCAGAGUAGGCCAGGCGUGUCCUGUCCUACGAAUUGGACAAUACUCCACUUUGCACCUGCCCCUCCGGCAGGCCUUCGGACCCAGGUUCCUGGAUGAGUUCACUGUCCUGCUGCAGCUUCGCAGCCCGCAGGCCGAGGACCGCAGCUUGCUCACCCUGCUGACCUCAGACAGCCACAUCCUGCUCCAACUGCGGCUCGGACUCCACGCCUUCACUCUCGUCACCACCCAGCAGCGCGUCUACGAGUUCCCAGUAGAAGGGCUCUCCGAUGGCCGGUGGCACCGCGUCGCGGUAGGGGUCUCCUUGCGGCAGCUGGCCCUGUACGUGGACUGCGCACUGGUGGAGAAUGUGAACUGGACCUACCCAAGCCUGGAAGUGUCCACUGACGGCCUGAUUAUGAUCGGAGGCAUCGUGGAGGGCUUUGAGACGCCUUUCAAGGGUGAUCUGAGGCAGGCCACAUUCUUGAUGGGUGACCCAGAUGCUGCAGCCAACCACUGCACCCUUCACCAGCCCGCGUGUGGGCCAGCUGCUCCAAAACCCCCCCGCUCCCCAAAGACCUCCCACACUGAGCUCAUGCUGUCCUCAAACGAUCUGGAAGACUUGCCGGAAAGUUCAGACAGUCUCCCCAGUGUUGAGUCUCUCCUGACGGAUCCUGUUUCGCCCCAAGGCGGGAAUCCCCGUGGUGAUGGCACGGCCCCAUUGGGUCCCAGGCGACCGGGAUCUGUAACACGGGGAGACGUCUUCCUGGUGGAGGAGGACACCGACCUUGCAGAAUCUCACCUCCCUUUCAGAUACAGCACUCCGCCACCCGCAAAGCACAUACCAGGCCCCAAACCAGACCCUGCCUCCAAAGACCAGGAUGAAAACAUCACCACAGACAAGAUCAGGGUGGCCAGUGGAGGGCGGAGCCGUGACACAUUUCCAGGGAAACCCUCAGAUGACAUUAUCGACCUCGACUCUGCCUCCCCAUCUGGCCCCCAGAAGAAACCCUCACCUGGUUUCAUCGGGGAAAAGGAGACACCAAAACUCCAUGAGCGCCCUGAUUCGACCCUGCUAAAAGAGGAGGAGCUUCUGCCCUCUACGGUGACUCCGCCCACCCCACGGCCGAGCCCAGACAUGGAGACCAAUAGGGCAGAGCGAGGGCCAGCCAUUCCUACGGUGGACACAGGGAGCAGGCAGACGCCAGCCUGUGACAAGGACCUGGUACGAGGUGCCGACGGCAGGAUGUACCGAGUUCUGAGGGGAUCCCCGGGGCCAGUGGGGCCUCCUGGAAGGACAGGCUGCCCUGGUGCAAGAGGAUACCCUGGGUUUAAAGGCAGCAAGGGGGUGCGGGGACCAGCUGGGCGCGAAGGCUGGAGGGGCGAGCCAGGGCCCCCUGGACCCCCAGGCCUGCCCUACCUCUACCUGUGGAGGAAUUCGGUGGAAGACUGGGCCACCUUCAGGCACACCUCCUUCUUCCAGCUGCUGCAAAUGGGUUGGCCUCGAGAGCAGGGACCUCCUGGACCAGAAGGAGAGAUGGGGAGACCAGGGCUGCCGGGUCCCCCUGGGGAGCCAGGACAGCGAGGACCACCUGGACGCAGGGGAGACAUGGGCGACCCGGGACCUCGCGGCCUGCCGGGGCAGAAGGGGCGCGGCGGGAGAGAUGGGGAGCGCGGCCUGGAUGGUCAACCAGGCCCACCGGGGUUACCUGGGCCUCAGGGUCCCCACGGGUUCAAAGGAGAAUCGGCUCCGAAAGGAGAGAAAGGGGACGAGCUAUGA